UACUGGUAAUGCAGAACAAAUAAUUAAAGCUUCCCAGACCAGAAAAGCACUCAAAUCAUGUGGCACAACUGCAAAACACUCAAAGAUAUGUCACAGGCACAUGUGGCGAAUUAGCUGGUAACUGCUUCCAUAGCUCAGAUCCUGGAAGUAACACUGUCUCCUAACUCAAGAUUUUCCCUCUGCUGAAGAUCACUACAUAGCUAUAGUGUUAAGAUCAUGGCAGAGCCUUCUAAUUCUUCUGCUUCAUACAUUCAUCUGGUGCAGCACCUGAUUGAGAAGUGUUUGAUCUAUCACAUGACAAAGGAAGAGUGCAUGGAAGCUCUCUCUAAGCAUGCAAAUAUCAAACCUGUCAUAACAUCCACUGUGUGGAAUGAGCUGGAGAAAGAAAACAAGGAGUUUUUUGAGGCCUAUGCAAAAUCUAAGAGUAAAGACGAUCGAAUGUCCGAGGAAGAGACAAACCAAAUGAUACAGAAGAUGAUCUCAGAUUCCUCUAAAGGCUCAAGCCCUUGAAAACGAUCUCGCCUUUGUGUUUUGCUGCACUAGUAUAUGUAUAUAUAUGGGGUAUAUAUGUUUGUUUGAGUUCCUCAAGUUCCCUUGCAAGCAGCCAAAACACUAAGGCUUUUUCUACUCUCUUUGCUACUUUCUAGGUGUGUCUCUUAGCUAGCUACAUAACAAUCAUCAUAUAUGUGGUCCCUUAAUUUGAAAUGCAAGGUUAUAUAUAUGGUUGUUAUUAUUGCGAUAUUGUACAAUAAUAUAUGUAUUCUCUUACGGAAGAAGCAGGGAGACUGAUCCUUAUGGCCAAUAAAUAAAUCUCCCUAUCUUAUGUAAAUGGUAGUUGUCAUGAAUUAGCAAAUGAAAGAAUGCCAAGUCAGCAGUACAAGGAUUUCCCUCUAAUUUGAUAUCUCA